AAUGACAGCCUGGAAAUAUUCAGAAAUCGCCAGAAGUCCUGAUGGACAUCCUGCCCGAACCACUAGUGCUGCCCACAACGGAUACGCACCCUUCCCGACCACGCUUCCACCCUAUGUCGGCGCCGUCUUGUUCGAAACGUUCCUAUAUGGCAUCUACUUCAACCUCUUCCUCAUCUGCGUGUUUGUGUUGCUACGGAGGAAGCAGCCCCUUCACUAUGUGCUCCUCAUCUCCGCCGUCACGAUGUUCGCGCUGGCAACAGCAGACAUCAUCUACACCUACUGCAUCGUUUUCGGGAAGCUCUUCGAUGGCGGUCUUUCAUUUCCUGACAUUCGGCCGAAGUACUACCUCUACGUGACCAACAGUGUCCUCGCGGACACCCUCCUUCUGUAUCGUUGCUACAUCGUUUGGGAUUUUCGGAAAGACAUCGUCACUGGACCUCUCUUCCUUCUCAUCGCAGGAACGGUCUGCGGGUACAUCUUCGAGGGGGCGACGAAUCACCUCUUUAAAUACGCCUGGGUGUACCUCGCAAUGACACUCGUGCUCAACCUUCUCUUGACGGGAUUGACUGCUGGACGAAUAUGGUGGAUCGCACGCGCGGCAGAGCCUAUCCUCGGCGACAACGUUCUGCACAGAUAUAAUUCGACGAUUGCCAUCCGGACCGAAUCUGGCGCGAUAUACUCGUUCUACAUCGUCCUCAACCUGGCUUUUCACAAGCACAAGACGGGUAGGGUGGUCCUCGACGCAGGUCUCAUCCAAAUGGUGGGCAUCAUGCCCACCCUCAUCAUUGCACAAGUUGGGCUCGGGCGCGCCGUGCACGACCUCGAAGCGCGGGACGAACACGACCGCGACCACGAAUGCGCCACCGCGCUUGCCAGCCCGACGAAGAGCACCAUCACGAUGCAAGUCCCGAGCCGCUCGCUCCAGGAGAUCCAGUUCGCUCAGAGCAGCAACAGCGCUAACAACUUGCGGUUCACGCGCACCCACUCGCGCGGGUCGAGGAUGUCAAACGCUUCGAGGAUGUCCACUGCGUCGCGGAUGUCGCCAGCUCCGACGAGGCUGAGGACGAGCGACCUCGAUCGGGAUUUGGACCUAGACAUGGAUAUGGACAUGGACCGGUUGUCGGCGCACAGCGAGCGCCUGCACCACCAGUACCCCUCAAGCGAGACGUUCAUCAGCGUACACGUCGAUUCGAGCGAAUGCGACCGCCAGCCUGAAGGCGAAACGGCAACCGUACGCGCGUCGGACUCGUUGUUCAUUCAUCAGAGUGAACGAUA